AGAGAGAACAAUUAAGCAGAGGGGAAAAAAAAAGGUUGAAACAAAAGAAAAAGAGAGAUCCUUAACAACAGCCCCAAAUCAUUUAACCCCACCACGUCUGUAUCUCAGGCUUCUCUCAUGAGUAGCCAGGGCCGACAUUAAAUAAAAAGAAAGAAACAAGAGCAAAAGGAAAAAAGCAAGGAACCCAAUCCUCUGUCCCUUGCAACUCACUCUCUCUCAUUCUCUCUCUCUCUCUCCCUCAAUUGCUUUGCAAAGGGGAAGGUAAUGUUCCAUCUCAACAACCUCCAUUUCUUCAACUUAAAGCCUCUUAUCCAAUAAUUAACAUCCAUGCCCCAGUAGUACUCAAUUACCGCAAAGGAAGGGUAAAAGGAGGGUAAGAUAAAUAGGUGGAAAGAGAUGGAUUUGGGUAGUAGGAGAAUAGAAGGAGCUAAGAGCAGUGUUGUUGCAGGGUCAGUGUGGGAAACUAGGAUGAAGAGUGAUGAAGUCAAAGGUGGAAUUAAGGUUUUCAAUGGGGAAGAAAACAGCAAUGUUGAAGAAAAUGGUGAUAGUGGUAAUAAAAGAUUGAGUUUGAAGAAAGGCCAAACUGUCGGCGGUGUGGCUGUUAGUGGCAAGAGAAAGACUUGGAAAAGUGAAAGCUUUGAAGGGUUUGAGAAGAACCCAAUUCAGAUUGCCAAAGGCAAAGCUGGGGAACAGUGCAAGGAGUUGAGUGUGUCUGUUGAUGGGAUUAAGAAGAGCCCAAUUCGGGUAGCUAAAGGAAGAUCCUCCGAUGAACAUUGCAAAGACUUGAGCUUGUCUGUUUAUGGAAUAAAGAAGACUCCAGUUCAGGUCAAGAAAGGAAGAUCUGAAGGAAUUAGGGAGCUUAGUAAGUCUGUUGAUGGGAUUCCGAGAAGCUCAAUUCCAAUGAAGAAGCCAAGAUCUGAAGUCGCUAAAAGGUCUGGUGAGCUGAGAAAAGAGGUUGUUGAAUCUAGUGAGAGGAUAGAGGCGAAUUCAGUUCAAUUAAGGAAGCCAAAAUCAGAUUCAGUUAAGGCCUCUGAUCAGUCUGGUAAUGGAAACGGAAAUGAAGCGGAUUCACUUCAAUUGAAGAGCUCGAAAUCGGAGGAGAAUAAAGUUUUGGUUUUGGAUGAUGAAAAACAGGGGAAUAAUGUUUCCAUUGAAGAAAAUGAGAAGAACCCAGUUGAUACAGAGAAGAAUGGAUCUGAAGAAAACUGUAAAGAGUUUGGCGUGUGCCAAGAAAAGGUAAUUUCAAGCAGUACAAGCAAUGGAAACACGGUCAAAUCAUCUCCUGAAGGAUUAGUUGACGAUGAUGAUGAUGAUGGUGAAGAUGAUGAAGAAUUUUAUGAAGAAGAGGAAGAGGAGGAGGCGGAGGAGGAAAUUGAUGUUGGGAAUGAAACGAAAAGUUUUGACAUUAAGGAAAUGAAUGUACCAGAGGAGAAGCCUAACAAAGCUGUUAAUGAAGAAGAGAAAAUACCUGAAGACGAGCCUAACAAAGUUGUUCAUGAAGAAAAGCCUAAGAAAGCUGUUAAUGAAGUGAAGAAGCUACAAGAAGAUAAGCCUAGCAAAGUUGUCAAUGAAGUGAAGAAACUUAGCCAAUUCCAUAACAGAACUGCACCACUUUCUUCAACUGUGAAUAAGCUGCCUCCCCCAGUUGUAAAGCGUUCUACUUCAGUUUACACAACUCCUACAAAAACCACAAAAUCUACUCCUUUUUCAGCCUCAGAUGAUUACCAUUGUCAGAGUUUCCCACACACUCAGAACAAAUUGCAGAAUUUAGUUGAUUUAGUCAUGUGGAGAGAUGUAUCGAAAUCGGCAUUGGUCUUUGGGAUGGGAACAUUUAUCAUCAUCUCAUCCUCUUACACCCAGGACCUGAACAUCAGCUGUAUUUCUGUAAUUUCGUAUCUGGGGCUUAGUUACCUUGCUGCCAUUUUCCUUUACAGAUCAAUCAUCUGCAGGGGAGUUGUGGAUAUAGAUGAAUCAAGCUGUGUGCUUGGAGAAGAAGAAGCCGUUUGGUUACUUAAAUUGGUUCUUCCUUACUUGAAUGAGUUCCUCCUAAAGCUCAGGGCACUUUUUUCUGGUGAUCCUGCCACUACAAUGAAGCUGGCAGUGCUGCUAUUUGUUUUGGCCAGGUGCGGCAGCUCCAUAACUAUCUGGAAGAUGGCUAAACUGGGCUUUUUUGGCGUUUUCACUGUACCAAAAGUCUGCUCUUCUUAUUCCCACCAAUUAACUGCGUACGGAAAAUUUUGGAUACGACGCUUUCGUGAUGCAUGGGACUCAUGCACGCAUAAAAAAGCCGUGGCGGUGGCCAUCUUCACCCUGGUUUGGAACCUAUCUUCCAUUGUUGCUCGCAUUUGGGCUGCAUUCAUGCUCUUUGUGGCUCUCCGAUACUAUCAGCAAAAAAUGGUGACAGAUGAUUGGGUGGAGGACGAAGCUGGGCCCGGGAGUAGAGAAACAUUCCAAGGACCGACAGGAACACAAAGACACGGGCCUGGACCCUCUAGGGUAGAAACAAAUAAAGUAAAGAGAGGAUCCUAAGAGUGAGCUUUGGCCCAUAUGCCUACAUUAGGUGUUGCAUUACAUGUUCCAGAUUGCUGUUUUGUUUUAUUCCUUCAUAUAUUUUUUUAAUAUAUAGUUCUUUAUAUAGUAUAAUUUGUUUUUAUCUUUAUUUUUGGGGGUUGUAAAUAUGCAUGUUUGGUUUAUGUGACUUCAUUUUAGAAGCUAACAGGUCCAAUAGGCCAGCAUGCCAAUAAACAAUUGAUAUUUUGAUGUUGAUUACAAUGGAAAAGAUAAAUGGAAAGUUUACUAA